UACUCGAUAGCUAGCUAUAGCUGCAUAGCAAGCAACGCCAGGGGGUAUCAUCGAUAUAGCUUCUGAUACUGGUCUUAUCCUCGAACAACACAACUCAACUACCUGUCUCGGAACCAUGAACGACCCACGCAGACUCGCCGACGUAGAUCCAGCAUGGCACGCCUAUCAAAACCCAGAGAUGGUACCCGACGAGUUCCCGGCUCCUCAAUCACAACCUUCCACCUCGAAUGCUCGACGAGGCGUCAAGCGGAGAAAAGACAGCGGUCAGGUCGACGCUGAUAGUGCUAGACGCGGUCAAGGGAUGAUGGCUCCUGGUCAUAUUGGCAGUGACGGUUUUGGACAUGGGAUGAUGAUCGGGCCAGGAGCGGGAGUCAACCCGGAAGAUAUCCAUCCUCAGCUCGACUUUACCGCCUUUGACCACGAGACAGUGGCAGGCUACCUUGAGCGGAACAACGCGAUCCCCAAAUUUGGCUAUGGCAGCAUCCAUUCUGUAUGGGACGUGAAUGCGAAAGCGACGGAUCCACGGUUGCUAUUCAUUGACGAGCCAGAACCGAUCCAGACCAUGCUGCCCGGCCCGGGAAUGGUAGGAUCCCAUAUGAUCCCUCACCUGAACGUCAUGCAGUCAGGCAAAGGAAACAGCUACGGGAAGGACGCUUCGCAACCGCAUCAAGCUUCGACGAGGGAAAGCAACAGGGAGGGCCGAGCGACAAAGAGACGGUCGACGGCUACGAGCAUGGUCGCGGCUGCGAUUGAGGAGAGUAUCACCAUGGCUGAAGAGGAGGAGAGGAAGCGAAAAGAGCGCGAGUCGGAUCAGAAUGCUCAGGGUCAGAUUGGAGGUCAAGGUCAAGAUCAAGCUGAAGGCAACGGGACCGUGAUAGGAGAAGACGGAAGGCCAAAGACGGUGACAAUCGAAGGGCAUGCAGGGACUGGGGUAAACGGAGAGGACGCUGUACCCAAGGACGAAGAUCUCUCGGGUGAGAACCCCGAUUCUCCACCUGCAGCACUACGACGAUCGAGCCGAAAGCCUUUGCCCGCCGGAACCUCUCUCGCUGUCACUUACCGCAACACUCGCUCAUCCCCCUCGCCGACGCCUUCGCUCAAUUCGGAGGACGAAGACGACACGGACCCCUUUGUCCCUAUUCUGGCCGACCUGGACAUGGCGAGAAAGGUUUUCGCCGACCGGGCUUCGAGACACUGGAGGGAUGCCCUGGCUGCGGGUGGGGGAGCGACGGUACAGGGCCCCGGGGUGAAUCCGGCUUUUGCAGGGCAGGUCAUGAUGGGUGGGACUGGCGGGAUGAUGCGAGAGGGAGAGGUCGUCGCCGAAUUUCUUUAUUCGACGAGGGUGAAACACAAAGCCCUGAAAGUCGCCCCACACUACCCUGUCGCGGAAGUCAUAGGAGAGAAUACGAAUACGAGCGCUCUGCGUAGCCGUUAAUAAUAGGAAGCUUAGCAGGAGGGUUGAAGAGAAAUGAAUCAGAGGCGCUGUCGUUUGUGUCAGUAUGCUAUGCGAUUAUGAAGCGGAAGACUCGAUAACGGGUCACGAUAUCGGCCUUGUUUUGCAUUGCCUCUCGCUGGGUUCGCGCAUGUUUCAAGAUAUUAAAAUCGACGACGAUUGACCGUGAAGACAAAGAGGGAGCAUGGUUUCAUGUUAUACGCAUACUGUACUGCG